GCACAUUUAAUUUUAAAAGCGACAUCAAAAUUCCUGUCAAAAAAGUAAUGAAAACCGUUUACACUUUACUUAUUUUUACUCAAUUUAUUUUCCAUACCAUACCAUCUAUUUUACCCUUUAGAGAGCAUGACCAAUCGAUUAGAAGGACUAAAGAUGCAGAUGAUGAUUCAUUAGUAUUGAUUGAAGCUUACUAUGGAUGUCUAGGUGAUUGCAACAUCACCUUACCCAAACCCAAAAAAAUAAUAAAUCCUUAUAAAGAGCAACUGAACAGCAAAGUUCCACCGAAGCCAUUUGGAACUUUUUGUAUAAGAUGUGCAGCUUGUCUUGCCGUAGCAAACGAGGUUCAAGUGGUUAUAGAAAACGUAAAUCAGGAAUGCGAAACAGACCCGGAAAAAAGAAAUCAGCUUACUUAUGAAAUAGAGCAGCAAAUUAAGAAUUUGUGUGAAAAUGGUUUUAGGAACUUUGAUCUUAGGUUGUACAAAGAGCACGAAAUCAUCACUAACAACUUCCAAUGCACCAGUCAUGUAGCUACAGCGAUGGAUGGAAAUUGGACGAAAAAAUUAAGAGACAUAUGUGGCCUUUAUAUAUCCAGAAUCCAUCUCGAGACAAUAACGACAAACGUACUGGAUUCUAUUGGAAAUCUAACAGACGUUUUUUGCAGGGACAUUGAUUACAAUAACUGACCAGAGACAUCCUGAUGAGAUUAAUCUUAAACUUAAUGUUUAAGUUAUAACAGUACUUUGUAUGUCAAAUGAUAGUUAAAUGAGAGCACAUAUAAGGCGUGAAGAACCAAAGCGGACCAUCCCAGAAAUUCUGUUAUAUUGAGAUAAUCGCUAGUUAGGCUUGGUCACUAGGCAGUGAUGAAUGAAUUGAAAGUCCAGU